AUGAAAAGUGAUGAGAGUAACGAGAGUGUUGAGAGUAACGAAAGUGAUGAGAGUAACGAGAGUGAUGAGAGUAACGAGAGUGAUGAGAGUAACGAAAGUGAUGAGAGUAACGAAAGUGAUGAGAGUAACGAGAGUGAUGAGAGUAACGAAAGUGAUGAGAGUAACGAAAGUGAUGAGAGUAACGAAAGUGAUGAGAGUAACGAGAGUGAUGAGAGUAACGAAAGUGAUGAGAGUAACGAAAGUGAUGAGAGUAACGAAAGUGAUGAGAGUAACGAAAGUGAUGAGAGUAACGAAAGUGAUGAGAGUAACGAAAGUGAUGAGAGUAACGAAAGUGAUGAGAGUAACGAGAGUGAUGAGAGUAACGAAAGUGAUGAGAGUAACGAGAGUGAUGAGAGUAACGAAAGUGAUGAGAGUAACGAAAGUGAUGAGAGUAACGAGAGUGAUGAGAGUAACGAAAGUGAUGAGAGUAACGAGAGUGAUGAGAGUAACGAAAGUGAUGAGAGUAACGAGAGUGAUGAGAGUAACGAAAGUGAUGAGAGUAACGAGAGCAAUAAGAGUGGACUAGCCGUUACAGACAUGCUGGUGAUAACACAUUCUGGAAGAACGUGUCGUACUUGGAAAGCUAGGGCGCUAUACAAGGAGAUAUAGAAGGUUGCAGAGCCUAAGUUGUUAGAUAAACCUUUUUUUUAGUUAGGGAGAGGAUCCUAAUUUUUGGUCACCUUUUUGGGGGAUGGUCAGUAUUUUUUUAGCUUAGAUUUGGGGGAGGGUCGCAAUUUUUUAGGUGAAAAAAUAUUACAAAUCGUACCCCUCCCCCGAUAAAUAAUGACUGCUCUCUCAGUACUCCCUAUUUUUUUGGAAUGGAACAUGCACACGUCAGCAAAAUACAAAAAAUUAUUUAUCUUUUUUUAAAUAUUAAUUAUAGAAUUAAAAUUCCUUGUCAUUUGGGUAUGGAAAUAUCAACAAAUCAAUAAA